AUGUUCUCCCAUGAAGAAAAGUGUAAUAUGUUAGAAUGCUAUUUAGUGUGCAGAAAAUCCUCCUUGAGAGCAAGAGAAUACUACAGUGAAUUAUAUCCCGCUCGCAUUCAACCGUAUGAACGAUAUUUUCUGAGACUUUAUCGAAAAUUUAGGGGCAACGAAAAUAUUUUUGCUAAAACAAGGGCAAAAAAAGAAUUCAUAAUAAGCGAGGCCACGGAAAUUGCAGUUAUUGGAUAUUUUGAAGCUUAUCGUGAGAAUUCAAUAGCAGAUAUUCUCAAGGACUCUAAUUUCAGUUAUGGUACUGUUCAAAGGAUUUUAAAAAAAUACAAAUUUAUUCCGUAUAAGUACCGACCAGUUCAAAUGCUUUUGGCAGGGGAUCCAGAGCGAAGACUUGUUUUUUGCCAUUGGUAUCUUAGCUUCUGUCGCCAAAAUGUAAAUAACUUUCGUUACCUUUUAUGGACAGAUGAAUCAAAUUUUUCAAAUUCUGGAAUGUUUAAUAGAAAAAACCACCAUUAUUGGUCAAGAGAAAAUCUUUUGUUAGUACAUCCAAGAGGCCCACAAGUCCGUUUCAGUUUCAACGUUUGGUGCGGUAUAAUUGGUUCAAAAAUUGUUGGCCCGUUCUUUUAUGAGGGAACCCUAACUGGUGAAAGAUAUGUGGAAUUUAUGUCAGAAAUUCUGACUAAUUUCUUAGACGAAUUGGAUCUUAUAAGUAGACAUCAUCUGCAUCUUCAGCAAGAUGGCGCACCUGCCCACAACUCCAGAGGUACUUAUCAUUUUCUAAGUACUACUUUUAAUGAUCAGUGGAUAGGAACAAAUGGCCCAAUACAGUGGCCUCCCAGAUCACCAGAUCUAAACCCACUUGAUUACUUCUUGUGGGGUUACUUAAAGAACCAAAUUUACAAGCGAAGGUACGAUAACCUUGACGCGUUAAAGACUGCAGUUAGGGAAAAGAUAACCCAGAUAGAUGGUAGGACCAUACUUAAGACAGUUCGAGCAGUAGAAAAACGUGCCCAAAAAUGUAUUGAAGAACAAGUCAUUAGAAAAAUGGAACUCAACCGAGAACAUUUUCGCGCCAGAAUUUAUUACAACUUUCAGAGACAAUUAUUGCAACAAGAAUGCCUUGCUGAGUUACUGUCUGCUUUCGGCAACGAAGCGCCACAUCAGUCGACAAUUUCCCGUUGGUACGGAGAAUUCAAACGUGGACGGGUGAGUCUUAGCGACGAUCCCAGGGUGGGUGCACCAAAAACGGCAGUCACCCAGGAAAACGUCGAUGCUCAGAAAGCAGCCUGGGUUAAUUGGUGUCAAAAAACGCUUGACCGUUUCAAUUCCGGAAGCUCAAAAAAUGUGUACAGCAUUGUUAUUGGUGAUGAAUCGUGGAUUUACUAUGAAGAAAAGCCAACAAAAAUGGUCGCGACAUUUGUGUCAAAAGCGGCAAAAAGAACUGUUACUGCGGAUUGGUAUACCACCAUUUGUUUGCCAAAAGUCAUCACCGAGCUUCGAAAAAUCAACCCCGAAAGAAGAAUCAUCCUCCACCAAGACAAUGCAAGCUCGCACACAGCCCAAAAAAUAAGGCAGUAUUUAACGGAAGAAAACGUGGAAUUAUUGGACAAUCCUCCAUAUAGUCCCGAUCUAAGUCCUAAAGAUUUCUUUACUUUCCCGAAAAUUAAAAACAGACUGCGUGGUCAGAGGUUCCAGUCACCAGAAGAAGCAGUUGACGCAUUCAAAAAUGCCGUUUUGGAUCUGCCAGCAAACGAGUGGAAUAAGUGCUUCGAAAAUUGGUUCGAGCGCAUGCAGAUGUGUAUUAAUCUUCGUGGAGAAUACUUCAAAAUUCGUCAAAAAUGA